AUGCACACGGAUGCUAACCUCUCAGUGACAUGGGAUGCGAUUGCUCGAGCGGAGAAGGCAGGGGCAAAAGCCAUCCGCCGCACGAAACGACGCCACGAACGCGAGCUCAGUUACCUCCACUUUUACGUUGGAUAUCUCUGGCUAAAUGAAGAUCUGCACUCGAUUCUUCAUAAUCUUGAAAAGAAUCUCAACAGUCGAAGAUGCACUAAUGACGAAAAAGGGCUUCGACUGCUCUCCAUGUUUGUAGGAAAUCGUCCACGAAAUCCAUCACAACGCCCCCGAGAUCUUCGGCAAAGUCGAAGUCCUAGCCAACAGUGGCAUUCAGUACUAGGUGAUGUAUUGAAGCGACUUGCUUUGGGUGUGAAGACUGUUGGUCUUGGACGACCGUUCAUGUAUGCGAAUUGCUAUGGGUUGGAGAGUGUAACGAACGCUAUCCAGAUCUUGAAGACGGAGAUUGCUUAA